GUAGCAAAGAAAAGAAAGAGCGUUCAGUUUUAUAAAAAAAAAAAAAACAGAUUCCUGGAAACCAUUUAAUUUAUUGGUGCCACAAGGGCUUGGGAUUUUUGCUUCAAACAACGGAUUAGCUGUAAUGAUACGAGUAUGAUAAAUGUCUUUAAAACUGAUACAAAGUAACAUUCGAUGUAGAUAUUAUCAGUGCCAAAGAUUUCACAGAAUUGUUUAUGCAAUUUACACUUGCAUUUAAUGCACUCAACACAAUUUUAUCUGUCUACAGAACAGUAUCAGUGCACUAUAUAAAGAAGCAGUAUCCUCAUAUCGCUUACCCAAAGUCUAGUCCAGCAAGCAGCACCAACAAUGAGUUUCACCACGUUCCAAACCGAAGUUCUCGAGCGUCACAAUGUGUAUCGAGCGAGACAUUCGGCACAGCCAUUAGUGCUUGACGCGGCCAUAUGCCAGUAUGCUCAGCAGUGGGCAAACUACCUGGCAAGCAGAAAUGUCAUGCAGCAUCGCACCAACAACAAGUACGGCGAGAACCUGUACGCAUGUUUCGGCAAAACCAAUAUCACUGUCCAGGAGCCAGUUGACUCGUGGUACAACGAGAUCAAAUGCUACAGAUUUGGUGCUGCUCAGCCGUCAAACUUCAUGCAAGUCGGCCACUUCACGCAGGUGGUGUGGAAGAAGUCGCGCAGACUGGGCGUUGGCGUUGCUGUGCAGGGAAAGAAUGUGUACGUCGUCUGCAAUUACGAUCCUCCGGGCAACUUUGGCAACGAGUAUCCGGCCAAUGUAACCCGUUCGUAAGGCGCCGGCGGAAGCUGAUGUUCGAUGGGAAAUAAAAGCCCGAAUGAUUCAGUCCACCAUGCCUAAAAUCAGUGUCCAUGAUUCAUC